CUUCAUCCAUCUAACCGGUCGAAUCGCCAUAUCCGGUCCGGUUCAACGCCCGAUUACGUACCCUCCCAUUUUCCGUAUCAGUAUCACCCCCCACCCCUCGCCAGCCACUUCCGACCGAUAGCUCAAACCUCCGUUACCGAUCUUGUUCUUCAUCCCAAGAAGGAGAAGAGACCACGGAGCUAGCAGGAGAUGGAUCCCAAUUCAGUGAAAUCGACCCUCUCGAAUUUAGCCUUCGGGAAUGUAAUGGCCGCUGCUGCUCGCGACUACCAGAAGGGGAUAUUAGCCCAGGAGAAGGCACCAGCAUCGAGUUCUAUCAAUGAGGAGGUCGAUCUCGACGAGUUAAUGGAUGACCCCGAACUCGAGAAGUUGCACGCUGAUAGGAUCGCAGCCCUGAAGAAAGAAGCGGAGAAGCGACAAGAACUGAAGAAGCACGGUCAUGGAGAGUACAGAGAGAUAACCGAGGGAGACUUCUUGGGUGAGGUGACACAGAGCGAAAAGGUUAUUUGCCACUUCUACCAUCGGGAGUUUUACCGGUGCAAGAUAAUGGACAAGCAUCUGAAGUCCCUCACGCCCAGGCAUCUCAAUACCAAAUUUAUUAAACUCGAUGCAGAGAAUGCUCCCUUCUUCGUGACCAAACUCGGCAUCAAAACCUUGCCUUGCGUUGUACUUUUUAGAAACGGAAUUGCAGUGGAUAGACUGGUCGGGUUUCAAGAUCUAGGAGGAAAAGACGAUUUCGCUACAAAGACGCUCGAGAACCUUUUGAUAAAGAAAGGUAUGAUAAGCGAGAAGAAGGACGAUGAAGAUGAUGAGGAUGGUGACUAUCCAGAAAGUAGACGUAGAGCGGUGAGAUCUUCAGUGGACCCCGACUCUGAUUCUGACUAGUGGACCUGCAUAAUUAUCUUUUCUUCUUUUUAAGGACUGGAUUGUUUUCGUAGCUGUGCGGUGGUAUAAUUUUGGCUGAAAUCUCACAUUCCAUUUCAACAUAGUCGUCGUCUUCUAUUUACUUCUAAGGCAGAAAGACAAGUUGUGGGAUGGUUUUCUGAGCUUUGUUGAUAGCAGUAUUUCCUUAGAACGCCUGAGCUGUUCCGGCUAUCGACGGAGGAACUUGAUGGUGAGAACAUGAAAAUUAUAUAGAGAAUGUCGUAUGAAGUGGCUUACCACUUAUAUUUAAUUCAA